UUAAAAAGAAGCGCUAGCUUUGGAGGUGCGCCAGUCCAGUCCACCGUCCCGCACCGACCCAGCACUCACCAUGAGAGCCCUCACGAUCUUCGCCCUUGUCGCCCUGGCGCAGGUUCGCGCUGACGCCAGCCUCGGUGGAUACAGCCUAGGCGGCGGUGGCGGCGGCUACAGUUCCGGGGGCGGCUACAGCUCCGGGGGCGGCUACAGCCUCGGCGGCGGCGGUGGCGGCGGCUACAGCUCCGGCGGCGGUUACAGCUCCGGCGGUGGCGGCGGCUACAGCUACAACGCGGCUCCCAUCGUCACCAAGCACGUGUAUGUGCACGUGGCGCCCGAGGAGCCCGACGUGCAGCGCCAGGUGCGCAUCCAGGCGCCGGGCCAGGCCAAGAAGCACUACAAGAUCGUGUUCAUCAAGGCGCCCAGCCCGCCCCAGGCGGCCGGCGCCACCGUGCAGCUCCCGCAACAGGACGAGGAGAAGACCCUCAUCUACGUGCUGCACAAGAAGGAGGAGCAGCAGGCCGAGAUCAACAUCCAGCCCGCGCCCCAGACCACGCCCCAGAAGCCGGAGGUUUACUUCAUCAAGUACCGCACGCAGAAGGGCGCCGCGCCGUCCACCAGCUACGGCGCCCCCGCCGCCGCGCCUUCGUCCAGCUACGGCGCCCCCUCGGCGUCCGUGUCGGCGCCGUCCUCCAGCUACGGCGCCCCCAGCAGCUACUAGGCGGCCUCGCGCCUCGCGCCGCACCCCGCGCCCUCGCGGAGCCUGGGGAGCUCCAUCGGUCCUUACGGGUCUGCCAUCUCCAACACCUCUCCAACCCUGUCCGCUGGGCCCGGACCGUCGCCCCGCGGCGGGCGCUGUGAUAAGGGGCCCCCUGCCGUCCCCGCCCCGCCCCGCUCCCCCGACAGCCAAAGCUCGGCCCCGCCAGCCCCCCGUGCGCCGCUCCCACCUUCACGACACGCGGCCGGGUGGCUUCCACUGUAACUGAACUGACCCAUUUUAUACACCCCUCUGGUCGGGCUGGGCUGGCCUGGAACUGUUUCUGCUGUACAUACUCACUCCUUCAGCUUGCCCCUUCCUCGUAGAUUAAUGAUUUGUAUCUCAUGAAGCAAGAAUAAAAAACGGUGGCCAUACAUGUA